CCAUGUAUGUAUGUAUGUUAUAUCUGUGUUUGUGUAUGCGGCAGGAAAAUUUGAGUUGCAGAAUAUUUACAAGGAAUCCUGCAGAGAAUUAGCGAUCUGAAAGACCAAGGAAGCAUUCAGACCCAACAUGGCCCUGCAGACGUACGGGGACAAGCCGGUGGCCUUCCAGCUAGAGGAGGGCGGCGAGUACUACUACGUGGGCUCCGAGGUGGGCAACUACAUGCGCCACUUCCGCGGAAUCCUGUACAAAAAGUACCCGGGCAUGACCCGCAUCGUCCUGUCCAACGAGGAGCGCAAGCGGCUGGCCGAGUCCGGCCUAAGUUCCCACAUCCUGGCCAGCUCCGUCUCGCUGCUCCGAGCCGUGGAGGUGGACGACAUCAUGGCCGGCAACGAUGAAAAGUACCGCGCCGUCUCCGUGAACACCUCCGACACGCCAGUUCCGCGGGAGAGCAAGUCGAAGAAGCAGCCGCAGUAUGUGCCCACCAUGCCCAACUCCAGCCACCUGGACGCAGUGCCCCAGGCCACGCCCAUCAACCGCAAUAGAGUGCACACGAAGAAGGUUCGCACAUUCCCGAUGUGUUUCGAUGACACGGAUCCCACGGCCAGCCUGGAGAAUGCGGCGCAGAAGGAGUGCCUGGUGCCCAUCCGACUGGACAUGGAGCUGGAGGGCCAGAAGCUGCGCGACACCUUCACCUGGAACAAGAACGAGAGCAUGAUCACGCCUGAGCAGUUCGCGGAGGUUCUCUGCGACGACCUGGACCUCAAUCCCCUGCCCUUUGUGCCGGCGAUCGCGCAGGCCAUCCGGCAGCAAAUCGAGGCUUUUCCCAACGAUCCGCCCAUCCUCGAGGAGAGCUGCGACCAGCGGGUGAUCGUCAAACUAAACAUUCACGUGGGCAACACCUCGCUCGUCGACCAGGUCGAGUGGGACAUGUCCGAGAAGAACAACAACCCGGAGGAGUUCGCCAUAAAGCUGUGUGCGGAGUUGGGAUUGGGCGGCGAGUUUGUCACGGCCAUUGCCUACAGCAUUCGGGGCCAGCUAUCCUGGCAUUGUCGCACGUAUGCCUUCAGUGAGGCCCCGCUUUCAACAAUAGACGUGCCGUUCCGGAAUCCCAGCGACGCCGACGCGUGGGCCCCAUUCCUAGAGACGCUUACCGACGCCGAGAUGGAGAAGAAGAUCCGCGACCAGGACCGCAACACGCGCAGGAUGCGGCGACUAGCCAACACCACAACCGGCUGGUGAUCUUCGUAAUAUGUCACUAAAGUAAUCCUCCCAAUAAGUACUAUUAUUCAUCUCAAAUAAAUGUGUGUCUGUCAAUUUUAAA